ACACACUGUGAAUGUUUUGUUUUUGAUCGGUCUUAAUUGUUUGUACAUCCCCGGGACAGAAGUUAUUGCUGAAAAACGAGGGCCGCGAGGGCGAGGUGGAUCGUUUUCACGGUGGUCAUGGUCAUCCCGUUCGUCUGCCUCACCGCCAGCACCGCCAGCACCGCCAGCCCCGCCAGCCGCGCAAGCUUCGCCAAGAGCUUCGGAUCCUUCGGAUGACCCCAGGAAACGCAGCCCCACUGUGACUACGACUAUGGCUGCUGUUGCUGCCCCUGCUCAGCACCAACCCAGCAUGCCUCUCCUGUUGCUCGUUGAGCAAACGGUCCUGCGCGAGAUCGUCGAGAGACGUGUCCUGCUGGACCUCGCUCCUGUAAAGACGGAGGACGGGCGUGUCUCCUUUCUGCCUACCCUCAACUAUACCAGCACUGUACCCGGACAGCUCUCGAUGUCGUUGCAGGACUGCGAGUGCACCGAGCCCUGCAUGGUGCUCUGCAGGAUGGUGGCUGGCCACUACCGCCGUACCCAAGACCAGCGCCCAGAUGCGGUUGAGGAAGCGCGGGUCAUCCUGCAUUCCGACCCGAAGAAAAGAUACACUUUGAAAAGUGUGGUGACGGUGCGGUAUGGUGCCUCAAGCCCCUUCAAGCAGGUGACCAUCCUCUUGCAAGUUUAUGAUAUAGUCUGCCCGCGCCCCUCGACAGGCGCAGGCCUCCACCUCAACCGCGCCCGUAUGGAGGGCACCCUCUGCGACGUGAAGCUGGUGGUGGAGGGCGUGGAGCUGCCCGCGCACCGCAAUGUGCUGGCCCUCCGCAGCCCCGUGCUCAGCAACAUGCUGACGGGGGACUUCAAGGAGGCCCGCGACGGCCGCGUCGAGCUGCUGGACUUCUCUAGUGGAGCGGUGGCCAAGUUCCUCGAGUUCCUCUACACGGACCAGAUAGGGGACUGGGCGAACUCCGAGCUGGAGCUGCUGCAGCUCUCCGACAAGUACAUGGUGCCGGAGCUGCGGUCCGAGUGCGCGCUGAGGCUGUGGAGCUGCGACCCUCUCCGCGCCCUGGAGGUGCUGCACGCGGCCGGCCUGUGCGACAUCGUCAGCGGCCCGCUGCGCCGCCGGCUCACGGCCACCGUCGUGGAAAACCACAAGAUCCUGGCCGACACCGAGCAGUGGGCCGUGUUCAGUGCCACGUAUCCCGUGCUCGUCGACACCAUGCUCGGCCCCGGAUCCCAGCCGUCCGAUGCGCCCGUCUCGGUGUGGUCAUUGUAGCGUGUAGUCAGUUUGUAUUUGUGGUCGACCAGGAUAUUGUACUCAUUUCCCCUGCUUCGACCAUACACUUGCACCUCUAGCGUUAGCUUGACAAAUUUUGUUCAUCUUUUUAUGUAGCUGUACUUUUUGUUUUUCUCGUUGCUUUUGUCGGACAUGUGUUUUUGU